AUGUAUCAAGUUAGAAACUCCCCCCUCUCGAGGGCUCUUUUCAACAUCUGGAUAUGUAUUUGGACCCUCAUUGUACUUUCGAUAUUCGCUCUCGCAUGUCUUGUUCAAGCAGGCACCAUCAACAUGCCAGAUUGGACCAAGGAUCUUCGAAAAUUCGACGAUGAAGAAUGGGCUCAAUAUUCUGCCAUAUUAAUCAUAUCAAUCUGCGUUCUCUUCGUCCUGACAAUGGUCACUGGGAUAGCUGCCCUUCGAGCCGAUGGAUAUUAA